AUGAAAGCUCCAAAUACAAAUAUAAGUAAAAAUAUGAAUAGGUAUACAAAUAGGGGUGCAAACAUAAUUAGUGACAAACUUGGUAGCAGAAAAUUUACUAGCGACAAGUUUAGUAGUCACCAAUUUAACAGCCACCAAUUUGGAUAUGCUAAUAACUCUUUUGAAAAUUCAGUAUCAGUAAUAUGGAUUGAGAAAGAAAAACUAGAUUCUGUUAUUCACAUACCAUUAUAUUCAGAUGUAUCAAAAUAUUUCGAAGAUUUAAGUAAAAACCCAACUAAACAAGAAAAAAAUGAUUUUGUUCUCUCGAAAAUCUUUUUGCUUUUUGAUGAUAACAGCUGUAACAUUGCAAUUGAUAUUUCGCCCCUGUGCGAAAUGGAAAAUAACAAAAUUCCCCUUUUGAUUUAUGAGCGCUAUUAUUUUUGGAGCCUGCAUUUUUUAUUUGAAAAAUCAAAAAUAAAGAGACAGAAGUUAAAUUUGAGCUCAGAUUUUAACUUAAGAUAUUGCAUUAAGAAAUAUAAUAUCUAUGAUGAUGUUUAUAUGUACACGUCCAUAUACAACUGCGCAUAUAACAAACAUGAAGACCAAAAAAUUAACAGUUAUAAUAGUAGUGAAUUAAUCAAAAAUGAUGAUACAAAUGUAAAUAAAGAAUUAACUAUUUAUAAUAAUGACUAUAUAAAAUACCUUUAUUUAAAUGAUUUAAAAAAUAACCAAAAUAAUUUUUGUGAAAAAAAUCUAUAUUCAAAUAAUGAAAUUAAAUGGUAUCGCAUAAAAAUUAAAAUAGAAAGUGUAGGAAACAGUUAUUUUUCAUAUAAUGCAAAUAGUUAUAACACUUUUAAUUUAAAAGAAGAUACAUCUUGUAAUAUGCAUAAUAAAAAUAUACAGGAUAAUAUCAGUAAACUUUCAAAUAUUAACAAUGAAGCAGCAAGAAAAAAUUUAAAUAAUUUAAUGAAAAUUCAAAAAAGGAAAUUUAUAAUGUAUAAUCAAGAUAAAGAAAAAAUUAAAAAGGACAUGUCCAUUGUUGAAAUGGGUAAAAUCAGUGGUAGUAAAUAUGAUAAAUCUGGUAAACAAAAUAAUAGAGACAGCUGUAGCAGUAGUAAUAAUGGGAAAAGGAAAAGAAAAAAUUGGUAUUAUUACAAAAGUAGUAGUAAUGAAAUGACGUGCGACGAAGAAAACAUGUCCAAUACAAGGGAAAAUUCGAUAUAUACCAUACGUGAAGAAAACAUUUACAAUAAAAACGAUAAAAACAAUAAAAACGAUAAAAACAAUAAAAACAAUAAAAAUAAUAAAAACAAUAAUAAUAAUAAAAAUAAUAAAAAUAAUAAAUAUAAUAAAAACAAGAAAAGAAAAAGUGAAAAGAACAAUGAGGACUCUUUAUGUAGAAGCAGUAGUGCCACCAGUACAAGUAGUAGGAGUAACAGAAGUGGUAGAAUAAAUUCGAUUUCCUUACCUACACAAAAUAGUAAGCGGUGUAAUGUACCUAAGAGCUUGAGUUUCCAGUAUAAAAUUUCAAAAAAAAAACAUUCGACAAAACAUAGGACAGUUAUUGAUCAUACUAAGCAAGCAAUACUUAAAUUAAAAGAAUAUAUGCCAACUUUACAACCAACAUCCGAAAAUAGAAGUAGCAUUGAAACGUUUAAGUCCAAAUUUUCCAGUAGUGAAUUUGAUAGUUUUGAAAAUGUUCAAAUUCAUGGAAAAGAACAAGAUGAAGCGGUAGAGGUGGACGUAGAAGAGGAAGAAGGAAAAAAGGAAAAAGAAGAAGACGAGAUUGAAGAAGGUAAUAUACAGGAGGAUGUAACGGAAGAUAAAGAGAAACAUGUGAAAGAGAAUGUAGAAGGGUAUAACGAAGAGCAUAACGAAGGGUAUGACAGAGUGGAUGACGAAGAGGACAAACCAAAUGGGAGAAAACAAAAAGCACAAAUAUGCUGCAACACAACGACAGAAAAAGUUGAAAAGGGAAGAACUCAAAUUACGAAUGGAAACACCCAAAAUGAAAACACUACACAGUUUCUGAUUGAAUCAUCUAAACUAUAUAAAAUAGAUAGCGAUGAACAUAUAACAAACUUUAGAAAAAUGUUUUCAAAAGAAUGGGAGAGUAAUGAGAUAAACGAGAAGUUAGUUGAACAAAAGUUUAAUCAAAAUGAUACAUUAGACAUAUAUAUAAAUAAAAUUUUAAAAAAUAUUCUUAACAAAAAAAAAUCAUAUUUGAAUUCCUUAUCGAAAAAUUUCGAAAGAAUUGAAACAUUUUAUAAACAAAAUUACAAAGUAUUUAUAAUUGAUAGUAAAGAAAUUCUAAAUGAUAAAAGAGAUUGUUUUAAAAAUGAUUAUAAUGUAUACACUUUAUCAGAUGAACAAAAUGAUGAAAGUAGUAAUAACGUUGACAUCUUUGAGCAGUUUAAGAAGUAUGUACAAAAAGAAAAGGAGAAGUGCGCACACAGUUAUCAAAUAAAUUUAACUAGUGAUCCAAAUAGAAGAAGCAAAAGGUGUAAAAUGUAUAGUAAAACCCAAAUAAAUGAUAACAAACUUUGCAUUGAGAAAAAAGAAUACAGAAGUGAUGAUGAUCGUAAGGAUGGUAAUGAUAUUAAAGAAACUAGUUUAUUGGUGGGAAAUGAACAAGUCAAAACUGUAGGAAAUAAUUAUGGAAAAUUUAAUUCAAUGAAAGAAAACGAAGUUGGACUUUUCCAAGAGAAACAUGUUGAUCCUCCUUACCAAUUAGAUGGUCAUACAGAAGAUGGAGUCAUAUUUUAUGCCUUCAAUAAAAAAGAUAAAAAGUGUGGAAAAAAACUUAAAGAAGGGGAUAGUAUAUACAUUAAAUUUAAUGAUUCUUCUGAUGAUUAUGAUAAGAUGAGAAUAUUAAAAAAGAAAACGGUUAUACAAAUUUUAAUAUAUUUAAUAAAAAGCCAGGAGAAUUUAAAAUUGUCUAAUAUAUCAACCUAUGCACCCGACUUAUUGUGGAAUGUCUCAUUACAUUUUAAAAAAAAUACUUUUGAUUUAGAAUUAAACUUCGAAAAAAUGUAUAAAUAUUUUUUAACCAAUUAUACAAAAGAAAUAAAUAAUGACACAUUAUAUUUUAAUGAACAAGAAAAUGACAAAAAAAAGGAAAAAAUUGCCAAGAAAAAAUAUCAAAAAGAAAUGGAAAUAAUGAAACUAAAAGAUAACGUAGCCUUUCUAGAUAAAUUUCUUCAAAAUGUAAAUGAUACAAAAUUAAAAAAAUUAAAGGAAGCACAAACGGAAUAUUAUGAAAAAUAUGAAUAUGACAGAACCAUAAACAGGUUAAAUAAACAACAACUGAUUGAUUUGUUCAUAGAUAAAGAAAACGAAAUUAAUGUAAUUCCUUUAUCUCUUUUAAAAGAAAAAAGUAGAAAUAUAAUUUAUGAAGAAAAUAUUAAAAUGAACAUGUUUGCAUGUAUAAAGGUAAUAUUUGAUGACAUUAAAGGAAGAUGCAUAUAUUCAGCUAGCGAUUUGAACAAAUUUGAUUUUGUUUUUGAAUAUGUUGGGGAGCUUUUAACUCAUAAUGAAGCUAUGAAGAGAGAACAAAAAUAUAUUAAAAAUAGAAAAAAAGGAUGUUAUAUGUUUUAUUUUAAACAUGAAAAUAAAAGAUAUUGUAUUGAUGGAACAGAAGAAAAUAUUGAUGCUGCUAUUAAUAACAGAGACAAAAAAUACUUUUUAAGAUCCUUUGCUAGAUUAGUAAAUCAUUCAAAAAAAAAUGCUAAUUUAAUUCCUAAAGUCCUAACAGUUUUGAACCAUCCCAGACUCUUUUUUGUUGCCUCAAGGAACAUAAAACAAGGGGAGGAGUUACUAAUAGAUUAUGGUGAACGAGAUAGGGAAAUAAUCAAAAAUAAUGAGUGGCUAAAGUGUUAA